CUGAUGGGUCCCGGAGCAAAGUGAUUCCCCCCUCGGAAGCCACGCCGCCUCUCCCAGCGAUGGAGGUGAAGGGGCAGCUGAUCAACUCCUCCAGCUACAGCUCAUCCGAGGCUUUGCAGCGGGAGCUCUGCCCCCGGAUCCGGCUGGAGCGGGUUCAAGAGCUGCUGGAGAAGCAGCGGGCUCUGCAGCAGGUGCUGAGCCUGCGCCUGAAGGAGUUGCGGCGGAUCUGCAUGCAGGAAGCGGAACUGACCGGAAAGCUGCCCCCGGAGUACCCGCUGGAGCCAGGGGAAAGACCCCAGCCUGUGCGGAGGAGGCCGGCCCUGGCCUAUCGGAUCCCCGCUGCCCUCAAGAAUGAGGAAGCGCCUUCUCUGGAGGAGCUGGCCCGCGAGCUGGCGCUGCAGCAGCAGGUCGUUGAGGCCGCUCGGCGGCUGGUGGCAGCCCCGGAGUUGACCGCCGAGCAGCGUCGCCGUCGUCGACAGGUCCAGGCGGACGCCGCCCAGCGCCUCCGGGAGCUCGAGGUCCAGGUGGUCGAGUGCCGAGUGCGGCUGAGCAAAGGACCCCUUCAGAGGAGCAACCACGAUGAAGCUUUUCAUUCGGAGAGCAGCUCCCUUUCAGAAUCGGCCAGUCACGAAAAUGGGGCACGUGGGUGCCUCUUUCUUACGCAUUGCGCUCUGUCCUCAGAUGACCCUCACGGCUUCCAUUCCUCCAAAGCCCCCAACCACCAGGGACCCUUCCCUGACCGACCGUCGCCCCCGAAGGCCCGCGAUCAUUUACGGGCCAUCUCCAGCAGCCCUGACAGACGCCCAGGAUGGCGGCUCCUGCCGCCGGAUCUCUACACCGAGGCCAAGGACCGCAGGAACUCCGUUGCCAGCCCGACCAGCCCGAACCGCACCCUCCCCAGGAGCGUGUCCAGCUUUGAGGGCCGGAGUGUCCCAGCUACGCCGGUGUUGGCGAGAAAUGCUUGCAGCGGGAACCACCAGUUCAGGUCCGAGGCCCCAGCGCUCCACCCUCGGCAGUGGUCCGGAAGCCACGAUUCCCAGCUCGGCCCUCCGAGCCGCGACACCAGUGCUGACCGGGCCUCCGUUUUCGCCGCCCGGACCCGCCGCAGCAACAGCUCCGAGGCCUUGAUCGAGCGGGCCCCCUCGGAGGACCCUCUCCUGCCCCUGGCCCCCCCUUUCAAGAGCACAGAGGCCCUGACCCCUUCCGUUUCGGGCAGGAACCCCCGCCCGCCCUACAAUGACCUCCUCCUGGACUACUACCUGGAACGCAGGUGCUGGGGGGGUGGGGAGCACCUCUCCCGCCGGGAUGGGCCCCCCCAGCCAGAGUGGGUGGCCUUUCCAGAGAGCCCCUCGCAGCGGCGAGCCCGCCCGGCGGCCCGCACCAAGUCCUGCGGCCCGCUGCUGCCCCCCCAAUCCCGGGAGGUCGGCUACGGACCCCCGUUGCCCCCUCACCGGAACUUCCACAAAGCCCUGGCCCUGGAGGGACUCCGGGACUGGUACCUGCGCAACGCCGGGGUCAGCCAGCGGUUAGCGCCGGAGAGACGAGGGCCGGCUCCAUCUGUCCACCAGCAGCUGCGUGGUUACUGUGAACCGGUGCCCCCCAACCCGGAGAUGGGCUACUAUGGGGGGCCGGGAGGGCUGCCCCAUUCGCUGAGCUACGCUGGGCAGCCACUCUACGGCAGACCUUUUGGGGAACUGCUUUAUGCAGACGACUCGGCCAGCCCCUACACCUUGGACUCCACAGAACACCCGGCCCCGGGGACUUUGGUCUGA